AUGACCGCGGACUUUUGGCCUUCAGCGGUGAAGCUUAGUGGCAGUCUUUCCCAGAGAUGUGUUUCUUCCCCCCUACCUCCCAACCCAUGCGAAAUGGACUUCGACGAUCUUGCAAAGCAACAGUCUGAUCGAAUUUUUCAGGUGUGGUUACAAAACCUGCUAGGAAAUUCCCCAGAAGAUUUGGCGGGCAAGCUUGCUUCCAGGCAUUACCCUGGUAGUACACCUGCGACAGCUUCGCGGCUUUCGAAUGGUGCUUUCAACGUUUGUUACCGAGUCACAUUUGAGAAUGGCCGUCGCGUUGUGGUUCGCUUUGUGGCCCUUGGUCGGGUUGUUGCUCGCAAUGAAAAGGUCGAAGAUGAGGUUGCUAUCAUGCAAUACGUUGGGCAGCACACAACGAUCCCUGUUCCAAUCGUCCUAGGAUCGGGAAAGUGCGCGGUUGGCCCGUAUAUAGUGAUGAGUUAUAUUGAAGGAAACCCGUUGAGUGGGUACCUUAGAGACUCGUCCCAGAUUACAGUCACCCUUAACUUGGGUAUUUCUAUACCUAUCUUGAGGAGAGCUUAUUUUGGCAUGGCCGAGGUCCUCCUAGAGCUAUCCAAGGCAGGAUUUCCCUUUAUUGGAGCUAUUAGAAGGACCGAGUCAGACGAAUGGACUGUGCAGAAGCGACCGCUCACUUUCAACAUGAAUCGACUUACUCAAUUCUCAAAUAUUCCCCUUAAAGUCUUUGAACGAGGACGUUUCAACAAUGCAGCGGACUAUUUUGAGGAGCUUGCCCGUCAACAAUUUUAUCAUCUGGAGUUUCAAUGCAAUAAUGCAAUUACGGAUGAGGCCGACUGCCGAAAGAAGUAUAUUGCGCGUUGUCUUUUUCGGAAGUUAGCACGUGAAAUACCUAAAGAACACUGCAGUGGUCCAUUCCGCCUUUAUUGCGAUGAUUUCCGUCCAGACAACGUCCUUGUUGAUGCAUCAAGCCUUAAUAUCACGGGAGUGGUUGAUUGGGAGUUUUCGUAUGCUGCUCCUGUUGAAUAUACACUUGCCGCUCCUUGGUGGCUCUUACUAGAAAGUCCAGAGGAUUGGGAACCUAAUCUCGAUCAAUUCCUAACGCGUUAUAUGCCAAAAUUCCGCGUUUUCCUUGAAGUUCUCAAACAUUGUGAGACCAGAAAAAUUCAAGGUGGGUCUUUGUCCGAAUCUCAACGGCUAUCAAUUGCCAUGGAGAAGUCGCUAGAGACCGGACUAUUUUGGAUUUGCCUUGCUUUACGACACAGCUCUAUGUUCGAUGAGAUAUACUGGGAUUUUAUUGAUUCGAGAUUUUAUGGUCCUUUUACAACGACUGAGGAUCGACUUAGUCUGCUCAGUGCAGAGGAGCGACUGAAUAUUGACGCCGUCGUGGAGAGUAAAAUGCGCCAGGCAAGCGAGGGUACUUUAAUUUCUCAUUACAGCAUCGAUGAGCUAGUUGAUCUAUGA